GUUGAUCUUUGUGGUUAGGUAGACAUACACUUUCAGGGUCUGCAGCAGUUACCUGGUUUAGCUGCCAUUGCUUGGUGUGGUAGUGGCUUGGAUAGCAGGGAGCUGUAGCACUGACUGUCAUGGCUUUUCAUCACUUAAGGACUCUUUGUCAAUUGUUAAUGAUUGUACUUUAUGCUGAUGCUGUGAAAGCCUUCAGCCCUGUUCUCCAGGAGUCUGUCUCCAAUGGAGCCCCAGAUUUCAGUUCUCUACCAUCCUGGGGUGAUGGCUUUCUAUCCAGCCAGUUCAGUGAUGAUGCACUUCAUUCAAGUGCUGCUAGUCCUGCUGAAUCCUUCUUUGACCUAGAAGAUGAUGAAAGUGAUAACCAUGAUCUUGGUGUGGUGGAUGAAGGUGACAUUCUGGACUAUAAUGGCUUAAGCCCCAGGGCCCAAAGACCUCCUAAAGGGAAGAGGCCUAAACAGAAACCAGUAGCUGGAAAACCUUUGCCUAGUACCCCACAGCUCAGGGAACCCUUACUUGAGAGUCAAAGACCUCAUCAAACUGAGGAUGCUGGCCAUCCCACCCAAUCCAGAGAAAAGGGCCCCAGCCAAAGACCAACUUCCCCUCCUGGUGUGGACAGACCUGUGCCCAACAUUUCUGCUCCUCUAAAAGAUCCAGGUACCCGUAAUGGCCAAAGUCCAGGUGACCACCACAUUUCUACAGGUAUUCACAGAUUUCCUCCUGUAGCCAAACAACCCCUCAGCAGCUGGGUACCUAGUAGACGCAAACCUGCAGUUUACUCUCCCCAGAGUGCUAGACGUGUCCCAGGGUUCGCUCAAGGUAGCGCAAGGCGUCCUAGUGGCUUUCCUGAGCAGAAUGGCUUGACUUCUGGCAUUAGAAGGCCACCUUUCAGCCAUUUCUCUGACCAUGUUGAAAGACCAUCUGUAGCCUCUGAUGUUACCUGGGGUAGGGCAGAUGUUGCCUAUUCCCCUUAUGCCCCACCAUCUGCUAGUCGCCUUCCGCUUUCCACCUAUGGCACUGCAGACCGACGUGGGCCACGUAUUGGCCCUUAUGGGUUGGUUCAUGGUGACUAUGGUAGACCCCUUGAAGGUAUGCUUUCCUCAGACCAGUAUGGCCCAGCCCUACAUAGGCACAGUAGGCCCUCAGAAAGCUAUUUUCCCUCUAGCUAUAACUGGGCCCUUGGUCAUUUUAUCCCUAGCUUCCAACGAUCUGACUAUGAGGUACCUCUCCCUUCUGGUUUCAUCUACAAUGGCCACAUUUUUCCCUAUGGUAGCUUCUUCCCCCCUAGUCGACAUGGCUUGACCAGAGGUCAAGGUGCUGCCUAUGGCUCUAGACAAAGAGGCUAUUUCAUUCCUACACCUUACAGGCCAGAGAAAGAGGGCUUUCCCCCAGUACUUAGUCCUGACUAUCACCAUGGUGGUGAAACUGCCUCCUUCCAUGGGGGACACUACUUCCCUGUCCACUAUGGCCAUGGAGGACAUGUUGUGCAGAGCAAAACAAACCUUGAACAUGGCAGGGUUCAGUUUUCCCAAACCAGUUAUUCACCAUUGGCUGCUAGACCUGUCCUCAGCCAUAGUACCUCAGGACGUGGAAGCCACUCUGACAACCGCUUGCAGCAAUCCUGGAAUCAUCAUGUGCCAGGUAGACACCGCCAUGGCUAUUGAAGUGGUUUAAAGCAACACUGAGGUCCUGCCUGCUCUUUGUCUUCAGACUUGUUUGUCAACUUAUUAUGCAUGGGUUUCUAAAUAAAUGGCUAACU